AUGGUGUGUUGCUCUACUCCUCAAACGCCUAGUACGGCUCAAACUACCAAUCCUUCUGGUCCAUUAACGGCCCUUGGAGCUGGGAUCUGCUUGCUAUGGAUCGGGUAUGCUACGGCGAUUUUCCCGGGCGGUAGAGCCUGUACUUGGUUUGAGCUCUGUACGGAUGGGUUCUCACCCGAUUGGCUGGCAUCAGAUGCUCAGGAUGUGGUGGGUAGCCACUGGCAGCAUGCGAAAGACCAUGGUUAUUUGAAGGAGGUGUCGACAGCUGUAGUAAAGCACCUGUCCAAUUGGGAUGGCGGAGAUGUCCUCGAGUUGGCAGCCGGUUCUGGCUAUGCACCAGCUGUGUGGCAUGACAUUUUCCAAGAGGCGGAUCUGUGUACACGAACCUUACUCACUGAUAUUCAACCCAAGACAAAGACUUGGGAGGCUCUUCGCAAGGAAAAGAAUGCGCUUCGCACCAUGCACGAGGAUUUCUCCUUUGAAUGUGGUACAUUUAGUUACGUGGCUUCUUCGGUCGAUGCCACAGAAGCUCAAGCUGCUUUGGAAGAUAUCGUUCCCACUUGGGGAUUGGAUGGCAAAGAAAUUCGGAUGAUUCAUUUGUCUCUUCAUCACUUUGAACCAAACCUUGUACAUCAGAUUCUGGAAGAUGCUACCCGCGCCAAUGCUGCAGUUCUCAUUGUCGAUCACAGCCCCAAUGCAGGAGGAGCCCUCUACAAUGGUGCCCUUGGUCUCAAGCAACUCAUCAAACUCAUCCCGGGCAUCUUAAUGAGAAACCCCAUCAAGGUACUGCUCGCGCCUGCCGUCCCUAUCAUCAUUGCUGGUCUCUGGCACGAUGCUACCGUGUCCAUUUUGCGAUCCUAUUCUCAAACCGAGUUGCACCAGAUGAUACGUGCUACCGAAGAAGGCAAGCACUACAACAUCCAAAGUUUUCGCUCGGCAUCGUAUGGUGAAUGGAUUGGAAUCCCUACCUUUUUAAGGUUGCCGUUUAUGGACGAUCACGUCAUGAAUUUUGUCUUUGCUACCCCCACUGGCGAAAAAUCCUACAAGAAACACCAUGUCAACUCACCGGCAGAGUCCAAUGGCACCGUCGAACCAUCCAGAGUCUACGGCACUCCCAUUAUCACAGAGUCACCACCCGUGUCGGCCAGCAUGCAGAUGGCCCUGCUCUUGUUGGUUGGUAUCGUCUCCUACAAGACUCUGAUUGAUGACAAGGCUCCAAAGAAGAAACGAAAGCUUGUGCCAGCGCUCGGGGAUAGUGGAUUGAUUGGCAAGCCUGCCAUUCUGGCCGUUGGCACUUCCAACCCUCCUCAUGAGUGGACCAUCGAGCACGUGGAAGCAGCAUUGCAGUGGUUCCAGGAAAACAACUCUGACAUUGUCAAUGACGACUUUAUCCCCUUUAUGAGGCGCGUUCACAAGACCAGUGGAGUCGAUACGCGAAAAUUCGGAGACCCUCCACCGUCGCUGGAAGCACUCGCCCGAGGAGAAAUGCCCACGGGCAUGUACGCUCGAAAGGGAAGCCCUGGGGUCGAUGAACGUCGUGAUUAUUGGGCGAAAUGGGCCCCCAAAAUGGCCAUUGAGGCUUCCACAAAGGCGAUUGCCAAUUGGGGAGGCAGGAAAGAAGACAUCACUCAUGUCAUCUUUCACUCCUGCACUGGCUUCAAGGCUCCUGGUGUGGAGCUGGAUGUUGUGGACGCUCUGAAACUUACGGGUGUCCGACGACGACUUGGUAUCAACUACAUGGGCUGCUUUGGUGGAUUCACAGGAAUGUCCGUCGCAAAGGCUUUCUGCGAAGCGGAUCCUACCGCCACGGUGCUUGUUGUCUGCGCCGAAACAUGCUAUGCCCACAUCUCCCUUAGCGACAACCGCUCAAAGUCAAUCGGCAACUGUUUCUUUGCCGAUGGUGGAGCUGCUGCCAUUAUUGGUGCUGGUAGACCAGGAGACUGGGCGAUCACCGAUCAACAAACAAAGACACUUGGCACGGAAACACGAGAGCUGAUGACAUGGCGCCCCAGUAGCUUCAACUAUGACAUGUACCUCGACAAAGGCAUCGGCUUGAAAUUCGGCAUGCAUCUCUACUGGAAUAUGAAGUCGUACCUAAGAAGCGUCUGUUCAGAGUCGGCAACCGAGAUCGAGUGGUGUGUACACCCAGGUGGCAAGGGUAUCCUGGACUUUUUCUGUUCGGAUAAACUGGGCCUGGGGAUAACCAAGGAGACGCUCGGACGCUCCUACGACGUUCUAAAACGACACGGUAAUAUGUCGAGUGGGACUAUAUUCUUUGUGCUAGAAGAUCUGAUGAAAGAAGCCCGGGAACACCCAACUGAGAUCAAACCGACAGCAGUCUGUUUCGGGUUUGGGCCGGGGCUCACCUUGGAAAUUGCCGAACUGCGUCGAAUUGGCUCAGACUCAAGUCAUUCAUAA